UGCCAUAAACGGUCCGCAGAGAAACUGUUGGACCUGUGUUGUGAGAACAAGGGUGUUUAUAUUAAAGUUGGACAGCACAUAGCAGCUCUGGAUUAUUUAUUACCUUCUGAGUAUGUACAAACGAUGAAAGUGUUGCAUAGUCAGGCCCCUAGUACCGAGUUAAAAGACAUUUACAAAGUAUUGAAAGAGGAUUUUAAGAAAGAUCCAUUGGAAAUAUUUGAAUCAAUUGACCCGGAACCACUCGGUACUGCAUCCCUUGCCCAAGUGCACAAAGCCGUACUCAAAGAUGGCGCCACCGUGGCAGUGAAGGUGCAACAUCCUUAUGUGCAAGGUAAUUCUAGAGUUGACAUGAAAACGAUGGAGUACCUGGUUAAGCCAAUGAGUUGAAUUCCCGAAUUCAAAUUCAAUGGCUGGUCGACGAGGUCGAAAAAGAACAUUCCCCAAGAGUUAAACUUCGCUCAGGAGGGUAAAAUGCCGAGAAGAUCAGCUCAGAUGUUUAAAGAAAAUGUCGACUGGUUGAAAGUGCCGAAAGUUAGAUGGGAUAUGACAACGCCUAGAGUAUUAACAAUGGAAUUUGUAGAGGGCGGUCAAGUGAACGAUCUAAAGUACAUUAACGAGCAUAAAAUAGAUCCGUAUGAGAUAUCAAAUAAACUAGGAAAAUUAUAUUCAGAAAUGAUUUUCAUCCGUGGAUUCGUUCACAGUGAUCCGCAUCCAGGGAACAUUUUAGUUAGGAAGAACGAAAAAGGAUCCUGUGAUAUUAUCUUGCUGGAUCACGGUUUAUAUGCU